GAGAGCCAAUAGAUCCAUCUAAUUACCACUAAAUUAACUAGGUAGGUAUUUGUUUUUGAUAGAAAGAAGGAUACUUGAUAACUUUCCCAUACACUCCGGUAAUUGAAACACCACAUGAUGGGGCGUUUUUAUCCGAGGAUCCCUACACGUUGAUGAGAGAGGGCAAAAUAAAGCACAUACCUUGGAUGAUCUCUAUGACUGAAAACGAGGGAGCACCUUUUGGAUUUGACGUGAUUUAUAAUAAGACCAGAAUAAAUGAAGUAAAUUACCAAUGGAAUGAUAUUCUGCCGAUGAUAUUCAUGUAUAAUCAUGUGAAAUCCGAAUACCAAAAAGAUCACAUCAGCGCUUCGAUACGAAAGUACUACUUGAAAAAUAAACCUUUGUCGAAUCAAACAGCCAAACAUUAUUUCCAGGCUCUAGGAGAUCGUCACUUUUACAAUGGGAUAAUUGAAACCGCCAAGCUGUACUCAGUAGCUUCUUUAGGAGACACAUAUUGUUAUAAAUUUUACUACAGGGAGACAGCUGCUUACCCUGAUAAUGAAAAAAACUAUGGAUGCCUCCACUGUGGUGAUGGAUUUUACAUUUUAAAAAACCCAAGUAGAAAGACGAAGGCUGAUACAGAUAUGACAAGAUUACUAACUUCAAGCAUUGUCGCUUUUAUGAAAAACGGAAACCCUAAAAAUCCGACAGUGGAAGUAGAAUGGGAACCCAUAUCUGAUAAAGGUGUAGUGAACUGCUUAGGGAUUUAUUCCUACACUGUUCAACGAAUGGAGGAUGUUGAGAAUCACAAUACAUCUCGUUUUUGGAACGAUCUUCUACCACCACCAGAUUAUUGAUUGCACAACAAUGGUGAUUUUGUUUUUUUUUCUAAAUUGACAAACUUUGCGGCAAGAAUGCUCAAUAAAAUAUCAUUGAAAUUCA